CUUCCUCAUCCCACUUCACCCACCAUCCAAUCUCUCAGCUCUCCGAUUCCUCUCUCUCUUCUCCCUCUUGCUGAACGAAGCACCAAACUCUCCAGUCUCUACUACGAGUAAUAAGAGAGAUUGUUUUAAAGGCGUCCACCCUGGAUUUAUACAUGAACGUCCCUCCCACUUCUUUGCUUCACUUGUUCGAAGACGACUAUUCCUACUACUGUUCCUUCUUCCAGGACGCUAUCCCCAGCCUCCCCGCCCCUUCUCCGCCGUCGGAGAUAGAGAUGCUCAAUAGAAAGCGGAAACGGGUCGAGGAACCGGCCGAAGCGGACCCCAAUCCGCUUGAUGGCAGGAAAGGAUCCAGCUCCUGCCGGGAGAGUGGUGACUCCGACUCUGACACCAUCAAUUCCCACGCCGCCACCUCCUCUGGCGGCGGCGGUGGAGGUCCGUCGCCGCACCACCAACGGCGGCUCUGGGUGAAGGAGCGGUCGCGGGACUGGUGGGACCGGUGCAACCACCCGGACUUCCCGGAGGCUGAGUUCAGGCGGGCCUUCCGGAUGGGUCGCGCCACCUUCGAGUUCCUCUGUGAAGAGCUCGGCGCCGCCGUGGCCAAGGAGGACACGACGCUCCGGGCGGCGAUCCCGGUCCGGCAGCGCAUCGCUGUAUGCGUCUCCCGGCUCGCCACCGGCGACCCCCUCCGCGUCGUGUCCAAGCGCUUCGGCCUCGGCAUCUCCACCUGCCACAAGCUCGUCCUCGAGGUCUGCUCCGCCAUCAAGACCGUCCUCAUGCCCAAAUUCCUCCAGUGGCCGGACCCCGCCGCCGCCGCCGCCGCAGCCCGCCGCUUCGAGGCCCUCGCCGGGAUCCCCAACGUGGUCGGAUCCAUGUACACCACUCACAUCCCCAUCAUCGCCCCCAAGGUAAACGUCGCCGCCUAUUUCAACCACCGCCACACCGAGCGCAACCAGAAGACCUCCUACUCCAUCACCGUCCAGGGGGUGGUGGACCCCGACGGCGUCUUCACCGACGUCUGCAUCGGAUGGCCGGGGUCGCUGCCCGACGACCAGGUGCUCGAGAAGUCGGCGCUCUACCAGCGAGGAAGCGGCGGCCUGUUGCAGAACCAGUGGAUCGUCGGCGGCGCCGGAUACCCUCUCAUGGACUGGGUGCUGGUGCCCUACGCCCAAAAGAACCUGACUUGGACCCAGCACGCCUUCAAUGAGAAGGUUGGGGAGGUCCAGAGGGUGGCGAAGGAGGCUUUCGCGAGGCUGAAGGGGCGGUGGGGCUGCUUGCAGAAGAGGACUGAGGUAAAGCUCCCAGAUUUGCCGGUGGUGCUCGGGGCUUGCUGCGUUCUUCAUAACAUAUGUGAGAUGAGGAAGGAGAAGUUGGAACCGCAGCUGAGUUAUGAGCUGGUGGACGACGAGAUGCUGCCUGAGAAUGGCCUCCGAUCGGUGAGUGCGAUGCAGGCUAGGGAUAACAUUGCUCAUAAUUUGUUGCAUCAUGGCCUUGCUGGCACGGCCUUCUUGUAUAUAAGUUUUGUUAUUGAAAGUAAGAGGCACAUUUUGUGCCUAAAACAGGGUGCUGCAUUGUAUCGCAUCUUUAAGGUUGUCGAGGUGUACAGUGAUUACGUGGAGCUCCUCCUUCACAAAGGUGGUGACAUCGCAUUGACACUCAGGCAGCGGCGGCGGAUGGCGGGCGUCGCCGGCGAUGCCGCCGCGACGGUGGCCAUCGCUGUGUGCGGCGGCGGCAAGAGCCGCCGUGCGGUCCGCUGGGCGGCGGCGAACCUCGUCCCGCACGCCCACAGUGUCCUCCUCCUCCACGUGAUCUCCCCCGUCUCCUACAUCCCCUCCCCCUCCGGAAAGCGUGUCCCAAUUGAGCGAAUGGAGCGCGAGGUGGUGGAGAUGUACAUCAGUGAUCUCAAGUUGAAGUCCCAAGAAGUCUUCGUCCCGUUUAAGAGGCUCUGCGGCACCAAAAAUGUUGAGACUUUGGUGUUGGAUGGAGAGAAUCCUGCGGCCGCUCUACUGAGAUAUGUUUCAGAUUCGGGCACCAAGAAUUUGGUGUUGGGAUCCUCUGCCAUUAGUUGGAUCAGAAGGAUUAUAAAGGACCCAAAUGUGCCGACUAUUAUCCUGAAAUCUGCCCCAAAUUCUUGCAAUAUUUUUGUCGUGUCACGGCGGAAGCUCACUAUGAAACUUGCUUAUCAAUCAGUCAACGAUGGGCUAAGUACUAGUAUGCUAAUACAAACAACUAGUCACAAAUCAUUUGAUCGAAUGAGAAUGAACAAUACUUUUGAUAAGCAAUCUAUACUUAGUUCGGAAAGUAAUGGAAUAUCCCAUAUAUCAGCACAGAUAGAUGUUGGUUCACACUCUCAAGCCCGCAGCAAUAGCAGCUCUUCUACUAAUGCUCGCCAAAAUUCAGAAAAAGCACCAUUAUUACCUUGUACUGGAGGUCAGGGAAACUUGGAUAACAAUACCCAAACAUGGAGGAAAUAUGAUGUUAUGGCUUCUUUCAAAGGCAUUCCUUUUGUGAUUUCGCACUCCACAAAAGAGUCCGAAGCUCCAGCUGAAGUAGUAAAGUUGAGGAAAGAGUUACAGAAUACUCUUGCAAUGUACAACCGAGCAUGUGAAGAUCUGGUCCAUGCUAAGAAAAAGGUCCACUUGCUUUCUGCUGAAUGCUCUGAGGAGGCAAAGAAAGUGAAAGAUGCGCUAGAGAGAGAGGAAACAUUAAAACAGAUUGCAGCAGAAGAGAAGGCCAAGCAUUCGGAAGUCAUUAAAGAAGUUGAGGAAGCAAGACAAUUACUUGCAAAAGAGGCUUUGGACAGACAUAAAGCAGAAAUUGUUGCCAGCAAUAUGUCGUCAGAGAAAUCAAGAGUAGUGCAUGCCCUUCUUUCAAAUGACAAGAGAUGCCGAAGGUACUCAAGGAAUGAAAUAGAGGUUGCGACUGAUAACUUCUGUGAUGCCAAGAAGAUUGGUGAAGGAAGUUAUGGUGAUGUAUACAAGUGCAACCUUGACCACACCCCAGUGGCUGUCAAGGUUCUUCGGCAGGAUGCAGGUGACAAGAAAGAGGAGUUCCUUAGAGAGGUCGAAAUUCUUAGCCAACUUCGUCAUCCCCAUAUGGUUUUACUGCUUGGAGUCUGCCCUGAGAGUGGGUGUCUUGUAUAUGAAUACAUGGAGAACCGGAGCCUGGAAGAUCAGCUAUUUUACAGGGAGGGCAAACAGCCACUCCCAUGGUUUAUCCGAUUUCGAAUUAUUUUUGAAGUGGCCUGUGGACUUGCUUUUUUACAUGGAACCAAGCCUGAGCCUAUUGUUCACCGUGAUCUGAAACCUGGAAACAUUUUGUUAGAUCGGAAUUAUGUAAGCAAGAUUGGUGAUGUUGGACUGGCAAAACUCUUGCCAGAUAUUGUACCUGAUGGUCUCACAGAAUACAGAGAAACCAUUCUUGCUGGUACACUUUAUUACAUGGAUCCUGAAUAUCAACGAACUGGCACGGUCCGACCAAAGUCAGAUUUGUAUGCUUUGGGAAUCAUUGCCCUUCAAUUGCUGACUGCAAAACAUCCGAAAGGACUUAUUUUAAAUGUAGAGAAUGCAAUUAGAGGAGGUUCUUUCCCUGAUGUUCUUGACAAAUCAAUAUCAGAUUGGCCACUUGUGGAGGCAGAGAAAUUAGCAAAGCUUGCAUUGAAGUGUUCCAGACUAAGAUGCAGGGAUAGGCCAGAUCUUGAGUUGGAGGUUCUGCCAGAACUUGAAGAACUUAUAUAUAUGGCAAAUGUUUGUUUUAAGUUGAGACAGUGCAAUGUUUAUGCACCUAGCCACUAUCUCUGUCCCAUCCUACAGGAAGUAAUGGAUGACCCCUAUGUUGCUGCUGAUGGAUAUACAUAUGAAUGCAGAGCAAUCAAAGCAUGGCUUGGAAAACAUCAGAUAUCUCCUGUUACCAAACUUAAGCUUUCUCAUACCUCCAUACUCCCGAAUCAUUCACUGCGUUCAGCUAUACAAGAAUGGAGGUCCCAUGCAGCAUUCCUAACCUCCUGAAAAGAAGAGACUGCUGGAUGUACUGUAUAUAAUCAUGCUAUAAGCUUAAGAAAAGGCUUUGGAUUAGGAUUUAUAUAGGUGAUGCAGAUGGGAAAUAGUUGAUGUAUGGGGAAAGUGCAUGCCAAAUGCUGCCUCUCUAUAUAGAAAUAUGGAAUAGCCUCUUGCGUCUUGCCUUUUGAGUGGUUAGCACAGACAUAACCAGAAUAUGUUAUUCAUAAAUAGAAACAUGGCAUCUUUCUAAAGUUGUUUGAUUAGCUUCUUGAAAUUGCUCCAGCAAUUGAUAGACUAGGCAAUGUAUGUUGAAAUUUUAGUAUUAAAUGUCAGUGUAACUGAUUGUGCUGCAUUUAUGUGAAAGACAGUUAGAUGAUGCUGCAUCCAUUAGUAAAAUAGUGCUUCAUGAAAUUGCUCA